UGGUGUGGCUUGGCUGGAGAGGGGUAAAGUCGAGUGCGGAUCCGAGAGUGUGGUGGGUGGAAUGGAUGGCGACGGCACGGACGGAAGCAGCGUUUGUCGUUUGCAACCCUCACGAUACUCUCCACGUGCUGGAUAGGGGGUAAGCUGACGUGCAUUUGUGCUUGUUGGUAGGAAAAAGGAAAGAAGAGGCGGGAAAGGAGACAUCACGUGAACACGCUCCCUUUCGCGGGACGAGCCUUGGCAGCGGGAAAUUCAUGCAGGACGUCAACGAGAGCCGUGAAAUAUGUCACUUGUACAGCUUCAUGAAACAAACUCUACAUAUUGCUCCGAACUUUGUGCAACACCACUCUGCACCUCGCGCAAUCGCAAUCUUGUGUUCAUUCCAAUGACAGCCUGACUUGAUCAUCACACGCCAAUUCCAAAUCCACAACAGACAUGCUUGAGCUCCACGUUUGGGGCCCAGCAUUCGGGCUCCCCUCUCUCGACCCCCAUUGCUUAGCAGCAAUUGCAUACCUGCAACAAGCAGUCCCGCGGGGGAAGUGGCAGCUGAUAGCAAGCUGCAAUCCGGCGUUAAGUCCAACCAAUGAGCUCCCCGCACUUCGCAACGGCGAUAUCUGGAUCGGUGGCUUCAGGAAUAUAUUCCACUACCUCGCGCAAUGCUCCGCCGGGGAAUGGGUGCUGGAUGCAGGUCUGCCAGAGCAGGAGGGCGCUGAUUGCAUUGCCUUUUCCUCCUUCGUCGAAUCCCACGGCCAGCCCCUCAUCGACCUCUCCCUCUACGUCUCCUCCCAAAACUACACCACAACCACGCGGCCACUCUAUAGCGCCCUCCUACCCUUCCCCCUCCCCUACCUAACCCCGCCAUCCAUCCGCGCAACCGCCAAACAGCGAACCGCCCACCUAGGCCUCUCAUCCCUCGACAUCGACUCCGACGACUCCUCUCCACCUCCCUCACAAUCCAUAAUCCCCAAAUCCCUCCGCAGACCACGAAACACAGUCUCCUCACUUCUCGCCGCAAGCCCUGAAGCAAGCGCACAGAUAAGACUCGAUGCCUUAGCUACGGCCUUUCUCGAACCAUUAGAGAAGUUGAGAGCCAAGAAACAGCUCUUCGUUUCUGAGAGCCAGUUCACGAGUCUCGAUUGUCUGGUCCUGGGAUACCUGUCAUUAAUGCUUGUCCCUGACCUCCCACAACCAUGGCUUGCACAAUGUCUGAAGAAGAAAUUCCCAAGCCUGUGCACAUGGACUGAAGAGUUGCGAAAGACGGUUUUCGGACCGGAAGUCACCGUGCAUGAUGCCUUCCUGACGAAACUCGGAGACUCGGAAUUAGAUUUAAGAUUGAAGAGACUAAGAGGGAGAGGUCAUCUGCCGUGGAAAGCACCGGAUGACGGUGGUGCGGUGGGGAUCGGGAGUGUCUUUCUGGGUGGUGUUGCGGAUGGAAUUCCUGUUGUUGGGCAGUUAAGGAGGAAUACGAGGAUGAGGCAGCAUGGGGGCUUGACUACGGAAGACGGGGUCGAGAGUUCGAGUUUCCAAUACCUUACACUUAUUGCGGGUCUCGUUGCUGGGCUGGGGGCGGUGGCGGGAUAUAUGUUCCAUCAGGGGCUGAUAAGUUUUGGAGAGGGAGAAGAGACGAGGGAGAAGGAAAUGGGUGGUGGACUGGGGGCACUCGGGGAGGCCGGCGCGGCGUUGGGAUUUUAUGCUAGUCAGAUGGAUGAGCAGGUCAGGAGGCAGAGGGUUAUGGAGGAGAUGAAUGAGACGCAUGGGGCGCCGGUGGCAGAGGUUGAUGUUGACGUUGAGGUUGAGAGGAAACCCUUAUGAGGAUAAACAAAGCAAAUGCAAACCCCACUCAAACUCUCCUCAGCGCAAAAACCAAUUUCUAGUAUUCCAG